AUGGCGACCCGUCGUAAAAAAGGACUUUGUUUCAACUGCGAUGCCAAGUUUGUUCCGGGCCACAAGUGCAACCCUCCACAAUUUCUGUGUCUGAUGGUUUACCUUUCCGAAGAUUCCCCACUUCUGCUCUCUCCACCCACACACACUGAAGCUUAUAUCACUCCUCUUAACGACCCAACCAUUCUUCCUACGGACCUGGAGACCGAUCCCAGUCCAUCCAUCUCUUUUCAUGCCCUUACAGGGCAACUCGUUCCGUCAACUUUAAAACUCUCCGGCUUCCUCAAUGGUCAGAAGGUUGUUAUCCUCAUCGAUGGGGGCUCCACCAAUAAUUUUAUCCAAUCACAGCUCGCUCGUCACCUCGGCCUCCCCAUUCAACCUUCACCGCAACUACGCGUCACUGUUGGUAAUGGCGACUCUGUUGACUGUGCUGGUACGUGCCACCAAGUUUCUCUACAACUCGGUGAAGCCUCUUUCUCUGUUGACUUAAUCCUCUUACCUAUAUAUGGUGCUGACAUCGUACUGGGCGUUCAGUGGCUAUCGGAUUUAGGUCCGGUCUUAUUUGACUACCGGCACCUUUGGAUGGAAUUCAUCCAUCAUGGCACGACCAUUAGGCUCAACGGUUUGACUCCACUACAACUAUCCUACAUCAGCCCUUCUGCACUCACUAAACAUUCCCUAACUUCUUCCGUUGCCCAGUUUUGCUCUUUAGCAGUUGAAAAACCUGACCCACCUCUUCAUCCCAGUUUCGGGGUCUCAGCUCCUGCAUCCUUUCUCUCUUCCUUGCAACACCUUAUUACCUCCUACACAGACAUAUUUGCUUUAUCGACCACUCUUCUUCCACCUCGCAGUUUUGACCACCGUAUCCCCCUCUUGCCUCAUACCCCACCAGUCAAUGUCAAACCUUAUCGUUAUCCUCACUAUCAGAAGGGCGAACUUGAACACUUGGUCGCUAAAAUGAUCGUGGAUGGUCUCAUACAACCCAGUACGAGCCCAUAUUCAGCACCAGUCUUACUUGUCAAAAAGUGUGAUGGCACUUGGCGUUUUUGCGUCGAUUACCGCAACCUCAACACAGUCACCAUCAAAGAUAGAUUCCCUAUUCCCACUGUCGACGAACUCUUUGAUGAACUCUCUAGCGCUUGUGUUUUCUCCAAACUUGACUUACGCGCCGGUUACCACCAAAUUCGCAUUUAUCCUCCUGAUAUUGAGAAAACGGCAUUCCGCACUCAUGAGGGGCAUUACGAGUUCCGGGUAAUGCCGUUCAGCCUAUCUAACGCUCCCUCAACCUUUCAAGCUUUAAUGAACUCAUUGUUCAAAACGGUCCUCCGCCGCUUCGUCGUGGUCUUCUUCGACGACAUACUUAUUUACAACCACGACUGGACUGCUCAUUUGGCUCAUCUCCGUCAAGUGUUCUCCCAACUCCGCUUGCAUCACUUAUUCGUCAAGAAAGAAAAAUGUGAUUUCGUGAGACUCGAGCUUGACUAUCUGGGUCACCACAUCUCGGGUCAUGGAGUAGCUGUUGACCAGGUCAAGUUCUCCAUCAUUCGUGAUUGGCCUAUCCCUAAAUCCCUUCGAAAUCUGCACAGCUUUCUGGGUCUCACUUGA